AUGGAGUCCACGAGUGACUGUACAGGAGUGAACCCAUAUCAACCAGACCCCAAUAUUGCCGGAGCAGGCGUAAUCAGCGGCUUCAUAUUGACCGGGAUAUUGACCUUUAUCGCCUCGUAUGCCGUUCUUUACCUCCGAAGACGUGGUCCAUACCCUACAGCGUCCACGACCCACCAACAGCAGUGCAGAAAACACAGAAGACUUAGGCAUUCAAACGAAUUUUGGAUACGUGUCUUGACUGCUUUUGUGCUUCAGUUGAGUGACCAACAACUGAUAACCGGCCUCUUGCUGCUCGUGUGCGGCUAUGCUCAGUACUGGGGAUCGUCCGUCCGUCACGGUGCCAACAAUCUAUGGACUGUGACCGAUGUGGUCUGCUACUCCAGCUUCACGCAUGCAGCCACGCUGCUCUCCCUCCGCCCCUACUUCCAGCGCCAUCGAAAGCUUGCUACGGUCCGUGUAGUGAUCAUGUAUAUCAUUUACGGCUUGUGGCUGGUCGUUGCGGUUAGCAUUCUAUCGCCUAAUAAACCAAAGGAUUCGCAGAAAUUGCCCUCCGUGGCCAGCAGGUUCUGGCAUGCAGCGACUGUGAUCGAGGCCAUUGGCAUUAUGUGGAUAUACCUGCUCACAUAUCUACCGGUCUUUCUUUCCGAGCAGGCAAUGGAGGUCAGAACGAUCGUCAGCCGUGUCUCCCCCUCGACCCAGGAUAUCGUCUUUAUCGGAGAAUGGUUAGCUCUGGUGAAGCCUUUGUCGCACAGCGGUGCUUCGGGGUCUAUAUGGCAUCGGUAUAACCCGUACGUAAUAGCGAAGCGUUGUCUGUUCAAAACAGCAGUAUCUUUCAUCGAAAAGUAUGUGGAGACAGAUUCCAAACUGACAAGAAGGAUACUAUCCUUGAUUGCGGAGGUGAUUUUUCCGUGGCGAUUGGCCGGUGUCUGGCUGGCACUGUUGUGGGCUUUCAGCUUAGGUGCUCUGAUUUACAGUCUGCUUCAGAACGGCCUCACAUCAUCCUGGGAUUUUGGCCAAUUACUCCCCGUUUUCAUGAUUCUGUUGCCGAUCGGCAGCUUGGUCACUUCUAUUGUUGGCGAUGAGAGCGCUUAG